AUGCGGCGUUUCUGUUUCGCAGUACUUGCAGGCACGGCUGCAGCCGUGCCUGCGCUCUUUACAGAGGCACAAGCCGCCAGCAACAAGGCAUUUUCGGCCGUCGACUGCUCGGAGCAGAUGAACAAGGAGAGAGAACCUAUGGGGUUUCCUAAGUUCACUGUUCUUGAUACAAAGACAGGUGCUGAGGCAGAGAAUACGGUUAAUACAUCUAAGCUUUGUGAAACUAUAAAAGCG